ACCUUCCAAUUUGCAUCCCGUAGCAGUUGUUGUCUUUAAAAUGGCGCCGUUAGACUUGGAUAAAUAUGUCGAAAUUGCAAGGCAAUGUAAAUAUCUACCAGAAAACGAUUUAAAGAGAUUGUGUGAUUAUGUAUGCGACCUACUACUAGAAGAAUCCAACGUACAGCCAGUGUCCACUCCAGUUACAGUAUGCGGAGACAUUCACGGACAGUUUUAUGACCUGUGUGAACUCUUCAGAACAGGAGGGCAGGUUCCAGACACAAACUAUAUUUUUAUGGGUGACUUUGUGGACCGGGGAUACUACAGCUUAGAGACAUUCACAUAUCUGCUAGCCUUGAAAGCCAAGUGGCCCGACCGUAUCACUCUGCUACGAGGGAAUCACGAGAGCCGGCAGAUCACACAGGUUUACGGCUUUUAUGAUGAGUGCCAAACCAAGUAUGGGAACGCAAACGCCUGGCGGUACUGUACAAAAGUGUUCGACAUGCUGACGGUGGCAGCUCUCAUAGACGAGCAGAUCCUUUGUGUCCACGGCGGUCUCUCUCCCGACAUUAAGACCCUGGAUCAGAUCCGAACCAUCGAGCGCAACCAGGAAAUCCCCCACAAGGGGGCGUUCUGCGACCUGGUGUGGUCCGACCCGGAGGACGUGGACACCUGGGCCAUCAGCCCCCGGGGCGCUGGCUGGCUGUUUGGAGCCAAGGUCACCAACGAGUUCGUGCACAUCAACAACCUGAAGCUCAUCUGCCGGGCGCACCAGCUGGUGCACGAGGGCUACAAGUUCAUGUUCGACGAGAAGCUGGUGACGGUGUGGUCGGCCCCCAACUACUGCUACCGCUGCGGAAACAUCGCCUCCAUCAUGGUCUUCAAGGACGUCAACACCAGGGAGCCCAAGCUCUUCCGGGCCGUGCCUGACUCCGAGAGGGUCAUCCCGCCCCGGACCACCACGCCCUACUUCCUCUAAGCACAGAGCUCCGCCCCCUGUCCCCGCCCCUCUCCGCUCCGCCCUCUCACCUCCUCUUUUCCUUUUCUGUAUUCCGUAUUCCUUUUUAAAAAUAAUUACAAUAUCAUGUUUUUUUUGUCUUUUUUUUUUUAUGCCAACCGACCAUCUUUGUUCCUCCUUCCUUGGAAAAAUAUGGUUUGUUGCAGAGCCCCUUUUUGUUUUUGUUUUUUUUAUAUAUACAUUUGAGGGGAGAUUUUUUUUUUUUUAUCUCCACAUUGUCAAUCAGCUUUUAUCAAUUGUUUUGGUCCCUGGCAUUUAAGAAUGGUGAAACACAGUCCUGUGAUUCCGUAGAUCUUCAUAUUUUUAUCUGCUGCCCAGUUCUGCUGUCAUGCGUUGUUUCAAAGGACUCUGUGGCACCUGUGUUCUCACACCAAACCUUGAUAUGGCCCUGCUUUAACCCCCCCAAGUCUUAUUAUGAAUUCUGUAACUGGUUCAAGGGUCAGGGGUCAGAGCAGACACCACAGCGGAUGGAACAGAUUCGGCUGUGAAGAAUUUGUACAUUCAAGCAAUUCUAUUGAUUUGUUUUUUCUUUGUUUUGUUUUUUUUUUCUGAGAUUUGUUGUAUUUUAUUAUUGUAGAAACUGCAACCUCUACAUACUUAUUAAAAUAUUGAAAAUAAAAUGCCUUUAUUAUUAACUUUA